UGCCCCGCCCCCGCGGCGCGAGCGCUCUUCCCGCCCGACGGCGGUUUGUACGGGACAAAAAACUAUGCGCGGGAUCCGACUGGGACCGUUCGCGCCCCUUUUUGGCCUGAGGCGAUGAAGAGAGAGCGGGCGGAGGGGCCCUUCUAAGCCCCGCCCCUCGCUCGUUUGGCUCUUCUCGCCCUCCCCCGCCCCCCCUCACGUUCCCGCUUUAAAUCCGUCGCCGGCGCAUGCGCGGCGGAGUCCGCCGCGAUGGAGGAGCUCCUGGGGCAGGUGGCGCUUCGCUUCUCCCGCCUGCCCAUGUUCCCUUUCUUCGACCUGGCGCAUUACGCGGCCUCCGUCCUGUCGCUGAAGGAGCAGCCGGGAGCAGUUGACGUAUCAUACCGCAGCCCAAUUGCAUGCUGGUUUAGCGCAAUGCUUUACUGUUUUGGUGGCUCCAUCUUAUCUUCGCUGAUGCUUGCAGAACCUCCAGUUGGAUUUCUUGCCAACACCACAAAUGUCUUGCUUGCCUCGUCAGUCUGGUAUCUUGUAUUUUAUUGUCCGCGUGAUCUAGCCUACCGCUGUUUCUGUUUUCUACCUAUACGACUGCUGCUUGCAGGGAUGAAGGAAGUGACUAGAACGUGGAAAAUAACUGGCGGGAUUGCCCAUGCACAUCAGCACUACAAAAAUGUCUGGUUAAUCAUGAUAGUAGUUGGCUGGGCCAGAGGAGCUGGGGGCGGCCUAAUAUCUAACUUUGAGCAGUUAGUGAGAGGUGUGUGGAAGCCAGAAACUAAUGAACUGCUGAAGAUGUCCUAGUAAGUCAAUGAAAAGCACGUAACAAUUGGCACAGUCCUGGGAAUGUUCUUUCUUUGUAUUGAAAGUAGCACUGUAUGAGUAGUUCUUCAGUAACAUGACUCUUCUAUAAUAAAUUAGUGUGCUUCAAACUUCCUGCCUGGAGGGAGAACUGUCCGUGCCGGUUUGCUGCUGAGGAACCCCAAAAUAUCUGCUACCAAACUGUCGCAUGUUGUAGUAUUGGUUUCUAGAAAACCUAUUAGUUUUGCUCUAUAUGAAUUGGGUAAAAAGAUAAAGGUAAAG